GGAAGCCUUUGGUUGGUUUCCAGCCAGGUAUCAUCCCGCUGUUACACACAAGAGAUAUAGGAAGUUGUUCCAACGCUGAAAACCUUAAAUUUGAUAUUCAUAGCAGCGAGCUUCUACGUUUUAUUUUAGCCCAAAUAUCUUAGUAACACCAUGGCUUUCGUCCCAGGACAGCCAGUGACUGCUGUUGUGCAACGAAUUGAGAUCAAGAAGUUGCGGCAUGGAGAUAAUCUGAUCCUUGGCUUCAGCAUCGGUGGAGGGAUCGACCAGGACCCUGGGCAGAACCCUUUCUCUGAGGACAAGUGUGACAAAGGUAUCUAUGUGACCAGGAUUACACCAGGAGGACCAGCAGAUGUAGCAGGAUUGAUGAUGGGAGACAAAAUAAUGCAGGUGAAUGGCUGGGAUAUGACUGUGGUGACCCAUGACCAGGCGCGGAAAACACUAACAAAGAAGAAGGAAGAUGUCGUGCGACUACUGGUAACCAGAAAGUCCUUGGAGGACGCAGUCAAGCAGGCCUGUUAUCCCAGAAAGCAACCUAGUGGCACGACUGUACUAAUGCAAUAACCUAGGAGUGAACAAGCUCAUGUACUGAGCUCCCACAAAGUCAGAUGAUGGUUGCACCGUGGCCUUUAUACCCAUGUUAAUGCAAAAACACCACAUAGACUGCAUCAGUCAAUUGUGAGAAUCAAUCAGUGAGAAUAUUCUUUAAACACACUCUUGGUGUCCAGUUAAUAUCACCAUAGCGAUUGUAAGCAGAAAAACAACAAGACUUUCCAACAUUUUCACAUAAAGACAAGUGUUCCAAAAAACAAUCACAUGAUCCAUUUUGACUAAUUUUGAGAAACAUCAACAUUUUUUGUUCCUUUAAAAUGUUUCCGUGUGUAUUGUUUAGGGUUAGCUUUAGUAGCAGAUAUUUAUGAUAAUUACUGUAAUUCCAGUUUGUUCGAACAACAGUAGACUGAAAUGACUUUCAUAAAAUAGUGUUUGUAUAUCUCUCUACUUAACAUCAGUUAAAUAGUGUAGUAGAACAUUCUUGAUUUAUUCCAAAUUAGUAAAUAUUUGCUAAAUGUCUUCAAUCCAUUCUUUAUAGGAGCUUUUUAGUUGCAGUCGUAGUCUUUCAUAAGGCAUGGGGUAGGAUAUCUUUGUCAAAUACGUCUAUUAUCCUUUUUGCCUUCAACUGACCAAAGAUAGAUUUGAUGGACUGGAAUAAUCAAGGGAGGUUGUUGCUAUUUUAUUGUAUCCUUAAUGAUCAUCUCAUUUAAAUCAAAAAAGUAUAUUUUUCAGUAAUUCCUGUCAAGAUUACAGCAUCAAUUGCCAAAGUAAAAACCAGGACACUAUUACACGAUCAAAAGUCUUUUUACCAGUCUUUUUUUAUUGCAUACUAAUGUGUGUCACACUAGUUAUUCUUUUACUGAUAAAUAUUUCAGUUCUAUUUGUCUUGAUUGUUGUUGAUGUCUAUUACAUGUGUGGUAAACUAACAUUUUCUCUCUCUGUGUCUGCUAAAGUAACAAGAAAAUGUUCUUCCAAGUUAUUUCCAAGUCCCGUAUAAACAAUAUCCCACAAGCUGGGCUUACUUUCAGAUGACAUCUGUCAUAGCAUUUUCAGUGUAUUCACUGUUAAUCACCUUUUUAUCAGGUUUCACAAAAGAAAGUUGGUAACUCGCUGUUUAACCAGCAGCCCCACUAGUUUCACACUGGAAUCAGCUACAUUCAGAUUGUGUCAAGCUGUGAAAUGUUUUGAACUUGUUUAUUGUCAGUGACCAAAGGUCCAAGUUGAAACUGUAAACCUGAAGCCAGCAGGAGUGAGUUUGAUAACUCGGGAGUGUGCACAGCAACCUUAAAACCACUAAGUUUAAUAAUAACUAUUUGUUUCUAUUUUCCAUUUAACCAUUCCUCUGUGGUUUCUGCAACACAGAAUUGAUUUAUUGCCUUUAAUGCAGUAAGUACUACAUAACAUUGCAGAAGACUGAUAACAAUAUUAUGGCUUGGAAAUAUUACAGGACAGUGCAUUGGUAUUACAAUACUAAUCUUAUAUCUGGGAGAUCUUAUUGGCUCUUUUCUAAUGCUAGUGGUAUAAAAAUACUUUGUGUUUAAUAGAACAAUAUGGUCUGUAUAUUAUAUAUAUUAACACCUUAGUCUAACAAUCAAGAUUGUGAGUUGAGUUAAGUUAAAUUUUCAUUCCAAAAUGAAAUAUCCGUUGUUCUAAAUUAUUUCUGGUAAAGGAGUAGAGCAAUAGAGAGGCAGUAUUAUGCUGAUAUAACAAUAAAUGAAUGUUAAAGGUACAGUCCGCCUAAAGAAUGUCUCAUAAUGUAUUUUAAGGAGUCAAAAUAGUGAAGUAUUGGAGUCAAUUUAACACUUAACAGUAUGUGAUUUUGAAAUGAAACCUUUCGAUACUCAACACACUGGUUCACAAACGCUUUGGCUUGUGAGUCUUUAAGAUAAGGCCAUACCCCCUCCGCAGAGAUUAUGGCCUUUGUGGUGACAAAAAUUAUGAACAGUUCAAACAAAAACAACAGAAAAACAAUUUUAGGACUGGACAUCAUUUUGUUUAACAAUAUAUAAGGUAUCAUUUUUACGUAUGCCUUUCAUCAUUUUAGGACCCCUAAGAGUUAUCCAGUGGGUGUUCAACAAUAACUACAGUGGUACAGUGGUUUCACCACAGUGAUACAUUUAGAAAUGAGUGUAAUGUAUGACAAAUCACUUGCGGUAUUUUCUAUUUGAAUUAUGUCUGUCUGUCUCCAGAUUUUGUAUAUGUAAACUGCCAGCAGAGCACAAACGUUCAGCAUUUGACUGUCUUCAGUUUACUCUACGAAUGUUUCUCAGAUAUAAAAAGACUGAAAAUGAAAUCUGCCUGUCUACCUUUUAUUGAUAAAGCACCAAUUUAAUAUGA